CGAGAGGAAGGGCUGUUUCUCAAUGCGGUUAGCCAGCUAUCCUUAAGCUAUUUUAUGAACAGCUGGGGUGUAAGUCCAGUUGUAGCCGAUAAGCAGGCUCGUGGCAAAGAGUUACACGGUUCUAGAUGGCUCUCCAAAACGGUUUUCGUUUUCGAGCUUAGCUUUACGAGCUAACUCGAUCGUUAGCUAGCUAACUGCUUUGCGUGGGGCCAGCUAACGUGAAGAUCAGCCAGUACAGGAAAUCGAGAUGUAGUCAAGUCGUUAGUAACUUCCUGGGACUGAGUAGUUUGUAGUUUCGUAGUUUAUGUUUUAAGUUAGUAAACCGAGCGGAUACUUAAAUGUUGAGCUGUGCGUUUUGUAAGCAGAUAAAGGGUGGUUUUUAAAAAGUCAAGGUAAAGUGAUACAGAGACGGCCAAGUCUUGGGUUUUUUCGUUGUGGUAGACGAAAAAGUUAGUUGGACGGGGAAGGUUGCUUGUGUUUGGAGCGAAAAUGAAAAUCGUGGAAAGAAAUAUGGUGCGUUUGGUGGCUGUGCAACACCUCCGCGCAGCCUACGGGAUAAAGACAAAGAACUGGAACAAAAACAAAACUGUCAACUGCAAGUUACCAGUCAGUCACUCGACAAAGGUGUUUGGGGUGCCACUGGAGAACUUACCUCAGUAUAAUAUGGAACGUGGUGGUGUACCGAGCUUUCUGGUUGAUGCGUGUAUGAAACUGCUGGCCCACGUUGAAACAGAAGGCCUGUUCAGAAAAUCGGGUUCCAUUGUUCGGCUUAAAGCACUCAGGGCAAAACUGGAUGUGGGUGAGGAGUGCCUGUCCACCGCACUUCCCUGCGAUGUGGCUUGCCUUGUGAAGCAGUUCUUCAGGGAGCUGCCAGAGCCUGUACUACCAACAGAAAUGCAUGAGGCCUUCCUCAAGGCCCAACAGCUUCCCACUGACGAAUGCAAGACCUCUGCCACCAUGUUGCUGUCUUGUGUACUGCCUGACAGAAAUCUCAGCAUCCUGCACUACUUUUUUGACUUCCUCCACAAUGUUGCUCAGAGGUGUGCAGAAAACAAGAUGGAUAGUAGCAACCUAUCUGUGAUCUUGGCUCCUAACCUUAUUCACUCUGGAGAAGGGACUGAGAAGAUGAAUGCCAACACAGAGAAACGCCUAAAGCUACAGGCAGCUUUGGUACACCGCUUCAUUGAGAACUCCCUGAACUUUGGUGAGUUGCCACAGUUCCUCAUGGAGAAGGUUCCUUCUAUGAUUGGAUAUGAGGCUGCUGUUUUGUCUCCUGCUCAUGAAGGGCUUGAUGAAGAGAUGGACACAAAUUCAGGAAUUAAGAAGAGACGCAGGCGCAGCUUAGGAGAUAUGGUCAGUGGUGCUCUGAAUAAGUUAAAAACAAAUACCCCCCAGAAAGACGAUCUUGUCUUUUCCUCUGUCACUCCUGUGAUUGCCACACCAAGUUCCAAGCGAAAACUCCCUGUGGAAUCUGGUCAGAGUUUUGGAUUUUCAAACAAGAAACGUAGAUCCAUUAAAAAGAACCUGGGUAUAGACUUACUUCCCAGUGCUUUGUUCAGUGGAACCUCUACUCCUGGAUCAGCAUACAGUGCAUCAGGAGUCUUGGACUCCUCCCAGAAUACCUUGUCCUCAGCAGGGAGGUCCAAUAGGCGAUCUGUGAGAACUGCAAGGAGGAAAAGUAGACGACUGAGCAAAAGGCAUACAGUCAACAGAGUUGAAUCGGGGAAGGCUGGUUGCUUCUCUCCCAAAGUCAGCAAGAAAGAAGCCCCCCGCAAGUCUCUGCGCUUGCGCUUUAGCCUGGGGAAGGGCAGCAAAGAUGCUGGAUCUGAGUCCAUUGGCUGGCGACUUGCUACUCAGGAGAGCACCACCAGUUUUCGUCUCGCCAAGGACACGGAGUUCACCCACAGUGGUCUGCAUAGUAAAAAUGAGCCUAAAGGUUCCAAGUACAUGAGUAAAUCUGAGGACAACCUGUUGACUCCCCAAUGUGGUUCAAGUGCCCACCGGACUUCAUGGAGCAGUGAGACCCCUGAAGGAGCCCAAACUUUCGCCGGUGGGUCCUUUACAGAUACGCCCAUGACUGGGUGUCUUAAGAGCAACUAUUUCUCUGAGCCUGUCAUUGUUGUAUGCAAGCCAGCAACAGGGGUGAGCAUUCCCAAGAAGCUGUGCUGUGCUUCCAGUGCUGAGAGCCUGGAAAUGGAAGGUUCCUCCAUUGACAUGCAGGCCCAGACGGGUCCCACCCUGCUUAGAAUCAAGAAGGCUUUUACAGAAUCUGGCAGUGAUCUCCAGGCUAUCGUGCAGGACCACAAACGAUCCUCGGAAGAGCAACCGACAAAACCUGCUGAGAGCAUCCUAAUGCCUCCACCAGAGACUCCUACUCUUAAAGGUAUAUCUGUAGACACAAAGACAUCAAGCCUCCCUACGCAACAAAGACAACUGGUCAACGAUCAAAAUAUCACUUUUGGCCAGAUAGAAAUUACUCCAUUGUCUCCUUUACAUAUAGACAGUGGGUUGUUUGAGACGGAUUUAUGUUGUCCAGCGGUAAAGUCUGAUGAUGGUUCCCUUUGGGCUUUUGUAAGUCAUCAUAACAGCUCUGUGGUGGAAGAGAUUCGGAUAGAGGCUGGUCAGGCAAACUCCAGCAGGCUGAUUGAUGCCCUGGACAUCCAGAGUCCUGUUCACUUCAAACUAGGUGUCUCUAGUGGGCCUCAGUCUACUCCAUACAGGCCAGGUUUGGAACUUAAUGAGCUGAACUCCCCUCACUGUGAUCCUACUAAGCCCAGUAUGGUACAUGAAAAAAUUUGUGUUUCCCCAGAGAGUGGUGCCAAAGCCCAACACCAACAGCCCAUCUUACCAGAAAGUGUGAAAACACAAAAGCUUUGUGUGGCAGACCACAUUCAACGCUUCAACAGCCUCACCCUAUAUUCUCCCAAUGCCUCUAAGGCCAAACGGGGGAGAUCACCCCUCAAGUUUCAACGCACUCCUGUUCGCCAGUCAGUUCGUAGGAUCAACUCUCUACUGGGGGACAGCAGGAAACCCACAAGGGAUGUGGAGUUGCCCACCAGUCUGAGAGGCCCUGAGAUGAAGACGUCGCACCUGGAGAGUGGCAUUUCCUCAGGCUCCCAGUUCCGUCCCUACCCAGGGGAAGCGCAAGCAGGACCUUCAAAUGAAAGCACGCACACCAAAAAGAAACCGCCUCCAGUCCCACCUAAAAAGUCAAGCACCUUAGGCCGUCGACCUAAGGCUUGUGCGUUGGAUGAUGUGACAAACAAAGUGCAACCCAAGCCCAAAGAAGGCUCCUCUGUCCCUGUCCCUAAGACUGAUCCAUUAGGUCUGAAGACUGCUGCCCAGCAAGUGGCAGAGAAGGAAUUGUGCCAUUACAGAGGUUCUCCUAGAAACCCUCUCAACCAAGUACGUCUGUUGUCUGCAACCAAGCCGAUAGAUUUAUAGUGUAUCGCCUUCUCAUUUUGGCUUCUAUGUUGUGUCUUUAUCAUGCAGACAUCUAGGUCUGGUAAGACUGGAUGUCUUCAUAACAUUUCUUAUUUGAUUUCUCAUACUUCUCGGGGGUUUAAUUUAUUUUGACCUAUGCCAUUUUCUGUGGGUUAUAUGAGUCUAAUGAGAGAUAUUCUUAAACCGUUGCCUUAAUUCUUUUACACUAGUACUAGUUUAAAAAGUUUAGCAAUAUAGAAACAUCAAGAUAAGAUGUGGGUUUCCAGCGAGUAGUGUUUUGGGUAUGAUAAACAAGCCAAAUGAUGGAUGGUGGUAUGGCUGGAAAUUUUUAGAUCAAAUUUUUGCUUUUAUUUAUACCUUUUUUUUAUCUUAAUUUAGUUGGCUUUAUAUGUAAAAAAAAAAAAGAAAAGGUAUUUUCUGGGGUAAAAAAAUUAAGCUGUCUUUUUUUUCUUCGGUAGAUGCAUUUAAAAGCGCCUUUGUUAUAUUUAUGAAAAAAAAUUGCCAAGCAGUAUUGAUUCAAAUCUCAUUGCAGUCACUCAAUUUCACAACCAUCAGUGAAUGAUCAUUCCCUCAUGUGAGCUGUUUCACACAAAUAAAU